AUGUGGUUCGCAUUCUUCUUCGUCUGCAAUCGGAUUCUUCAGAUCCUGACUCUGAUCCCCACCAUGGGCAUGCUCGCCUGGUUUGUCAAUGGCUUCGUCGAGGCAAACGCCCUCACGCCCGAUUCCAUUCUCGUGCUCUUCAUCGUCUCGGUCCUCGCUCUCGCCUGGGCCAUGUUCACCCUCUUCUCCUACCACCGCUCCUCGGCCAAUGCCAUGUUCGUCGGCUUCAUCGACCUCGGCUUUGUUGGCGCCUUCAUCGCUGCCGUCUGGUAUCUGCGCGGCAUCCGCAACGCCGACUGCACCAACGUCUCUCGCGACGGCGACUGGACCUACCGCCUUGGCGAUGUCACCGUCACUGGCCCCGACUACGACUGGACCACCGACAAGCCCUGUGCCAUGCUCAAGGCUUGCUGGGCGUUUGCCAUUAUGAACACCAUCCUGUUCUUCUUCACCUCCUUCGUCGCCUUUGCCCACGGCGAUCACCUCAGUGCCUACGACCGCAAGUACACCACCCGCUCGCGCUCGCACUCGCACCACUCUAGCCGCCACAGCCACCGAAGCAGCCGCUCUCGCUCCGGCUCCCGCUACAGCCACCGCAGCCCUCACUCUCGCCGUGUCUACGUCUAA